ACGUGAUUUUUGGCGUUUGGCCAUAACGUCUUGCAGCUGUUGUCGAGUAGUCUGCUUCGAGUGUAACAUCACUAGCUGGCAGAUACAAACGUAAUGGAUUUCAACGUGAAGAAGUUAGCCUCCGGCGCGGGAUUGUUUUUUACACGAGCUGUCCAGUUCACAGAGGAGAAGUUGGGCCAGGCGGAGAAGACUGAGUUGGACGCUCACUUUGAGAACCUGAUGAGCCGCGCAGACUGCACCAAACACUGGACAGAGAAAAUCUACCGACAGACUGAGGUCCUGCUGCAGCCCAACCCAAGUGCCAGAAUUGAGGAGUUUCUCUAUGAAAAGUUGGAUAGGAAGGCACCUUCCAGAAUUACCAAUGGAGAGCUGCUUGGUCAGUAUAUGCAGGAUGCAGCUAAGGAAUUCGGUCCGGGAACUCCAUAUGGGAAUACGCUGAUUGAGGUGGGAGAGUGUGAGAGAAGAUUAGGAGCGGCAGAGAGGGAGUUCCUCCAGACGUCAACCAUCAGCUUUCUUACCCCCCUCAGGAACUUUCUAGAAGGAGACUGGAGGACCAUUUCAAAAGAACGGCGUCUUUUGGAGAAUCUUCGGCUGGACCUGGAUGCCUGUAAAACACGUCUGAAGAAGGCCAAGGUGGCUGAGUCUAAGGCUGCGAUGGCGCCAGAUUUUCAGGAGACCAGACCCCGCAACUAUGUACUUUCGGCAAGUGCCUCUGCGCUUUGGAGUGAAGAAGUGGAAAAAGCUGAACAUGAACUCCGAGUGGCCCAAACAGAGUUUGACCGGCAAGCCGAGGUUACUCGGCUACUUUUGGAGGGCAUCAGUAGUACACAUGUGAACCACUUACGCUGCCUGCAUGAGUUUGUGGAGGCCCAAGCAGCUUACUAUAAGCAGUGUCAUCUCCACAUGCAAGAACUACAGAAAGAGCUGGGAAGUUCUGAUGAGGACGUUAUUCCCAAUGCCUUUGCACUGAACUCCACUCACUCCAUGGCUACUGCUGGCCCUGCAUCAGAAGACCGCAGCAGCCCUGUGGAGACAGACACUCUGAAGAUUGAGGAAGUUCAGGCACCAGCUACAGGAACCCGCAAGGCCAAAGUCCUUUAUGAUUACGAUGCUGCUGACUCCAGUGAGCUCUCCCUUUUAGCUGAUGAGCUCAUUACAGUUCACACAGUGCCUGGAAUGGACUCUGACUGGCUGAUUGGAGAGAGAGGGAACCAGAAAGGAAAAGUGCCUGUCACAUACUUGGAGCUUCUCAGCUAAAGAACACGCAUGCAUCGACACAAGACACUCACACACAUGCACCUGUGUGUAUGUGUGUGAGUGGGUACUACUAAAGCCAUGAGGAUAUUUCAUUCACAGUUAAUUUCACACUCUUACACAAACUUUACCUUCAAUAGCACUCCUCCACACUAAGCAUUAGCAAAAGUGUUCAGUUGAACACACAAACUCAUCCAUGUGCUUCUCAGAACAAACUGGAGUAUAUUCACAUGAUUAACAUCCGUGAUAAUGGAGACAUUGUUACAGUGAGUACAGAAAAACCCCUACGGGGGUUAGUUAACAUUCCUUUUAGAUUUUUUGGGUGACUUAUUAUGACUAUAUUAUUUUCCUAUUUAUUGUUGUGCAUCCCAAAGGUAGACCAGAUUAGACCUUUGCAUCGUUGGAAACUGUGACACACUGUCUUUAGAGGGAUUUCCAUCCAAAUGAUGUUGUUGUACGUUGGUGUUUUUUUUUCAAGUGUCUUUAUUGUCUCUUAAAGCCACCUUUGUAAUUCUGGUAAUGUUGCCUCUAAAAUAUGAAUCCACCGCAAUGUCCAAUGUCUUGUCAUUUAGUUAAGUCAGUUAAGUACAGUUCAUCCCUGUAUGACAGACAUUGAAGAAGAAUUGAAAACUAAUGUGGUUGCAACAGACCACAUCAUGACGGACAUGUCAUUAUGUUGUGUUGGCGUGUCAGAUUUACUGAUUGCUAGCCAUGGACAAGGAAAACCAUUAAUGCCACUUAAUGGUUUCUUUUAAACUGCUUCUUAAUUUAAGUGAAAAAAUGUGUUCUGUUCUUCCAAUACAACAUGAACAGAAUUAGCAUUUCUUUGUGUGUUGUAUAUAUUUUAUAUCCACAAUAGAAGCAUUUAAUAUGAUAAACAUUAGCUUACACUAAAGAACAAUGUCUGUGAAACAGCACAUUUUUAAUGGAUGUUUUAUCAUCCUUAACUCUUUAGAAGUAAAUUUGCCUUAACUGCUAAUUGAAAUUAAUGUAAUUUGUGUUAUUUUAAGGAGCGAUAUAUGUAAGAAUUAAAGUUUAAGACAUUCAAAAAUUACGUUAGCACGCUAACCAGAUAGCCUCAGCCCACUCUUGUCUUGUAAUACCACUUUGUUCCACAAGAUGCAAUGACAAGAUCCAAAAACUAAUGGAUGCGAUGGCUGACCAGACUCCAUUGAAACAGACCUCACAGAUCAUCUUAAAACACUCAAUUCAUUCAAAUUGGACAGAAACAAAAUACAAGUCCUCCAAACCAUCUUUUUUUGAUUUCCCACUGUUCCAAUAGUCACCAACAGUGUUUUGGUCGAAAUAAAUCCUUUAUUCGCCACAUUAGAUGAGGAAAGAACCAGCCGUUAUAUUGCUCUCCACAAAGCCAGCAGUUUCACACUGAUGUGCUCUCAGACUACCUACCUAAACAAAGAACAGGGAAACUCGGAUGACAACACAUACAGAGGGGGUGUGAUGUCAGUCUUUGCUCAGGAUGCAGUUACUCCACUUUAUCAUUACAUAGUAAUGUUUUCAAUCCCAUAUACCGAACCUUUUAGUGACAACAUUUUGUGGACAUUUGGAUGGAAUAUAACUAGCAACAGUUUUGCUUGAUUGAGUCAUGUCAUGUCAUUCACUUGUUUAGAUUAGACUUUCCAAUAUGGGCUUUUUGUUUUGUUUGUUUUUGUCUCAUGCCUUUCCACAGCACUGAAGAUGUCCCUCUGAACAAUAUGAACACCUGAGCAGCAAAUAAACAUGAACACUCCCAUCCUAACUGCCUUAAGAUGCUGGGAAGGAACUGCUAAGGCCCUCUGCUGCAAACCAGAGAAUGUGCUUUUCACAACAAAAUAAAGACUUAAUGUACACCACGGACGGCAUGCAAGACUGUAACUCUUUCUAAUCACGUGUGUGUGUUUGUGUGAAUUUGGUUUGCCCUAGAGGGUUUAUUUGAAUUUACGGCGUUCCUGUUGAUGCUUUUUUCUCUGUUAAUAUUUUGAAGUGUCUUCAGUCUUAGUGCUGCAUGUGCUACAGCUGGUAGCCUGUCCUGCUGAACAUGUGAGUGUGUAAACAAGUAUAUGAUGUAGCUAUCUAUGUUUGUGUGAGAUCUGGAGCACCAAAAUGUUUGCACAACAACAAAUGUACUUUCUCAUCCAGUAUGUGUACAUGCAUGCACUUUUUCCCAGCCUGGUCUCACAAGAUUUUGUGCAAUGAGCACAAUGUUUGAAAACGCAAAAAUCUGCUGACAGAGAAGUGAACUUGACCCAAGUCUCUAGUAAAUUGUUUUCUUACCUGCAGUCAAUGAGACCGACAGGUGAGAAUGGGUUCUAACAAUUAUUGUUGGCAGAUGAAUGUAACCUAAUUGUGCUAAUUUCACAAAUCUUGGGGGUAUUUUUAGUUUCUUUUACUUAUGCUGUUGUGAUUUGUUGUACCUCAUCUUAUUAUUGUUAUUAUUAUUUUGUCAAUAUAUAUAUAUUGCCCGUUCCUUAACCAUGCUGAAUGAAUGCAAUGUAUGGGAUUUAAUAAAGUCUGAUUUAUUUGAA